CAGACACCUUCAGCUGAGCAAAUAAGGGCUCUAAGUGAGAGGAAAUGGAACCGAUGUGCCUGCUGGUUCCAAGCCGAAAUUGCAGAGUUCCUCCUUCGCAAGCCAAAACAGAACUUAGUCUCAACAGCGGCAACAGGAACAGGAAAAACGUACACUUUUUUCCUUCCUGCCCUCUUCGAAAAGGAUAAACCUGGAGUCUCCUUUGUAAUUGUGCCGCUGAGGAAACUUGCAGAUCAGCACGUGGAGAGUGCCAAGGAUUUGGGGCUCACUGCGAUAGCAUUGGAAGCAAGUACUGUAAAUAAAGAAAUUGCCAUCAGGGACAUGAAAUACCAAUUUGUUGUUCUUGGGCCUGAUCUGCUUCGAGGGAACCUCCUUAGAGCCCUCUGGGUGAAGGAUGACUUUGUCAGUAAAAUCCACCGCAUUAUUGUCGAUGAAGCACACUGUGUGGUCCAGUGGCUCUCAUUCCGAGCUGCAUAUAAGAACUUGGCAUGGCUAUACUCUUACCUCCGAAAUAGAUGUCAAUGGUAUCUCACCUCGGCUACCUUGGACCCUCGGAUGUGCAGAAAAGUAUUAGCAGCCAUUGGGUUGGACCCGUACUACAGCACUCACGAUGGCAAGACAACAAAAUGGAUGCGUCGCUCCAAUGACCGUCCAAAUCUUCACUACUGUGUCCGUCAAAUGCAAUACAGUAGAAAUUCCUGCAAUGACUUGGGGUUCCUCAUCCCACUGGGCUUAAAAGAGUCCGAUCCCCCUCCAGUCCCCUUCCUUGUGUAUUGCGAGUCUCGUGCUGACACCGAGCGUAGUGCCGACUUCCUGAGGUCAAGAGUGUGCGCAUCCCUGAGAGAGAGAAUCGUCUGGGUGCAUUCUGGAAUGUCAGAUGAUCAUAAGUUGAUGGUGGUCAAAUCGUUUAAAGAAGGGAAUCUUAUUGGACUCACAAGUACGGAAUCAUUGGGACUGGGUCAUGAUCUAGCCAAUGUAACUUGUUUGGUUCAAUUUGGGCCACCAGAUAAUUUGAACACGUUAACUCAGCGCUUCGGAAGAGCCGCUCGGAAUCCGGACAUUUCAGCUGUUGUUAUCCUUCUCACGCCCAAAGACUACUUCGAGGGGACGCGUCGCCAGCGAGAGGAGAGGGCCCGAAAGACGGCGGAGAACAAGAAGCGGAAGGCU